CCUUGAAGCUUUGAUUGCAGUUGACCUCUCUCUUUCUCGCUUGAAUUAUCGAUUUCUGCAAAUACAGCCGUCUUUCUUCGAAAUAAUCUGCAGCCUUUAAUGCGAUCAACCACGAGAUUCUCUGCGUGUUUGAUUCCGAGGAGUUCAAGAGAUUCCACGGGUGUGGAGGACGAUUUCAAUCUAGCCACUGGUUAUAUAUUGUGGUUUCCUGUUUAUAAUGAUCGGCAUUGAAGCAAUCAGGCAAUGGAGAAUGGCUUAAUGGAUGGCAGUCUAGGAAAAAUAGAGGUUUUUCCAGACCACUUUGUAGCUUCAACACCAGAAAAGGAUUGUCUUCAGAAAGAGAGUUCAACAAAUUCACAACCAAGGACAGACUACUCUUCUAGGUCUCGUAGUCGUUUGUGGGCUAGAAGGGGAUUAGUGAGUGCCACAGCUAUGCUGAACUUGUUUAGUCCAUGGAGAUCUGGCAGCAACAGUGACAAGGUUGAACUAACUGUUGCAGAACUAGAAUCUCUUCGUUCGGAAAUUGUUGCCGCAGAAGAGAGAGAAGCUCAUCUGAAAGCCCAAUUGGAACAUCUUGACGAAGUUUUAAGGUCUGCUCGUCUUGCUGGAUAUUUGUAUAUUCGAACUAGAUGGACUGCCCUCCCAGGAGAACCACCACCUCUAGAUGACGGGGAAGUGGAUGAUUGGCUUCCGCGCUUUGUUGUUCUUCAUGGCUUGUGUAUCUUCUUCUACCUGCAUUCUAUAGACCUAAGUCCACAAGAUUCCACUCUAUUGUCCGAUGUUGUUGAGGUAGGGCCAUUGCCCAGCUUCUUACAAGAAGAUCAACAACUACGCUAUUCAUUUUAUAUCUUGACUCGUCAAGGACUGCGAUUGGAAUGCUCGAGUGUUUCUAAAAUGCAGGUGGAUUCCUGGUUGACAACAUUGCAGGUUGACUGUUGUUUUGGAUCCGAUGCAGCCCUCAAGGAUGAGAUCAAAUCAUAGUAUGCCUUCAUGGAAUACGUUGUAACCUGUAAAUAUAUUAAUAUGCUACAUAAGAUCAUUUUAAAUGAAUUAAUGUAGUAUAACACCAUUGCUUAGGAGCUUUUGACAGGAUUAUUUCUGGGCUGUGGCUGACAUGGUGGGCCCUGCCAGAUGAACCGUUGAAGCAACGACCACGUUAAUGAAAUACUCUUCCCACGA